GUGUUUACAUUAAUACAGUUUGUGAUUCAAGACAUGGAAGCUAUAAAUCAAACAGCUGUCUCAGAAUUCCUUCUCCUGGGACUGACAGAUGACCCAGAUCUGCAGCCCCUCAUCUUCAGCCUUUUCCUGGCCGUGUACCUGGUCACCAUCCUGGGAAACCUGCUCAUCAUCCUGGCCGUCAGCUGUGACUCCCACCUCCACACCCCCAUGUACUUCUUCCUCUCCAACCUGUCCUUCACUGACAUCUGUAUAAGCACGACUAUAAUUCCCAAGAUGCUCACAAACAUCAAAACACAAAGUCAGACCAUCACUUACAGAGGCUGUCUCACACAGGUUGGUUUUGUCUUAGCUUUGGCAUUCUUGGAAAAUUUCCUCCUCGCAGUAAUGGCCUAUGACCGCUAUGCAGCUAUUUGUCAUCCACUGAGGUACACAGCCAUUAUGACACCCCGCCUCUGUGUCCUCCUUGUUGCGUUCUCUCUGUUAGUUAGCAUGUUAGAUGCACUGUUCCACAGUCUGAUGGUGCUUCGGUUGUCCUUCUACACAGUCCUGGAAAUCCCUCACUUCUUCUGUGAGCUUGCUCAAAUCAUCAAGCUUGCCUGUUCUGAUACUCUGCUUGAUACCGUCCUGAUAUACAUCUCAGCUUGCAUAUUUGCUGGCCUUCCUCUCUGUGGAAUCAUUUUCUCUUAUUUUCACAUUGUGUGCUCUGUUCUGAGGAUGCCAUCACCAGGAGGAAAGCAUAAAGCCUUCUCCACAUGUGGCUCUCACGUGUCUGUUGUGUCCUUGUUCUAUGGAACAGCUUUUGGGGUGUACAUUAGCGCUGCAAUAACUGACUCACCUAGGAAGACUACAGUGGCUUCAGUGAUGUAUUCUGUGGUCCCUCAAAUGUUGAACCCCUUUAUUUACAGUUUGAGAAACCGGGACAUGAAAGGAGCCUUGAGGGAACUCAUCAGUAGAGCAACUUCUCUUCCAUGUGGUUUCAUUCACUCUUGA